UGUGUGUAUAUCAUAUAUACACACAUACAUACUCUCACUCACACACACGUGACUAUAAACUUAUACAUACAUAUAUACGUAGACUUGCACAUGAUACAUUGUUCACAUGUGAUUACAUUAGUGUUGUCGUUAUAAACAAAUUACCAAAUACUAAUUACUGAUUACUACUGAUCCCUGAUCAUGCCAGUAGGAUUUGAUUUUAGACAAGACUCACCUCUUCUCAUUGAACAACUGGAAAAAUCCUUAAGGGAAAAAGAUGAAAGAAUUAUGAGUUUGGAAACAGAGAAUGCUAUGUUGCACCUUAGGACUGCACAACUAAUGCGGAGUCAGCAGGCAGCAGCUGAAGUUGCCAUGGUAACCCGUAUACAUUAUCAACAACAACUUGUUAGAGCCAAGCAAGCGAUACAUGAAUUAAAACAAUGUUUGAGUUAUACAAAAAAUGAAAUGAGGAUUUUUGAAAGGAAAACCUCUGAACAAUUAGUACAUUCAAGAAGGGUAGUAGAACAGUAUUCCCAAAUUUCAAGAGUUGAGUCUUCUACAGUAUCAGAACUACAGAGAAAAUUCCUGAGCUUGCAGCAACAGUUGAAAGACAUCAGUGAGAAACAUGAAAAAGAGAGAAAGCAGAGGAAACAGUUACACAAUGACUUGAUGGAAUUACGUGGCAACAUUAGAGUCCACUGUCGUCUUCGGCCUGUGUUCCACACUGAUGUACAAGGUGAUCCAGUUACAUCGGUUAGAACAUCUCCAGAGCAACCAGAAGUGGCUCUAUAUUUCUUGGAUGAUGAAAACAUUUGUGUCCGAUCAUCAAAGCAUAACAAGGUGUUUGAAUUUGAGAGAGUCUAUGGCCCUGAUGACAGUCAGCAAAAUGUCUUUGAUCAAGUUCAGCCAAUGCUAACAUCAUUGCUCGAUGGAUACAAUGUAUGUAUAAUGGCCUAUGGACAAACAGGAAGUGGCAAAACACAUACAAUGCUUGGAAGUCACAAGAAUGAGAACUACAACCUAAGCCAUGAGGCACAUCCAGAUGAGGGCGUGAUACCUCGAGCUAUGAGGGAACUGUUCAGUCUGAUGUCAGAGAAGCCUACAGGGACAUAUCAAGCUGAGGUGUCAGUGGUUGAGAUCUACAACAAUGACAUACGUGAUCUCCUCAGUAAGGACUUCAAAAGUAAGCAUGACCUAGUCACAUGUCCAGAUGGGUCACUGAGCCUUCCUACUGUCACCUUCAGGCAAGUAGCAUCGGUCAAAUCUGUGAUGUCCUGUGUAGUCCAUGGUUUACGCACACGUCGGGAGAGUGCCACUCUUGUACAUGAACACUCCAGUCGAUCUCACUUAGUUGUAACAUUGUUGAUUACUACUAACGACACCACACGUGCUUGGCAUACAGAUCCUGCAACAUCUGAUUGGUCGAGUUCAGCAAUCAGCUCAAAUUUACCCCUGAGUAAAGAAAGGGGUAGAACCACCCCACCAAAUGUUUCUUCACCCAACCCCAGUGUUAUUAAAACUAAACUGCAGCUUGUAGAUUUGGCUGGAAGUGAAUGUGUUGGAUUAUCUGGUGUUAAGGGUGCCGCAUUUCGUGAAACGUCUAGUAUCAACAAGAGUCUCUCUGCUCUGGCUGAUGUCUUAGGAGCACUGGCAGAACGAAGAACUCAUGUACCAUAUCGUAACAGCAGACUUACCUACUUUCUCCAAGACUCAAUUGGUGGUGAUGCUAAACUCUUACUGCUGCUAUGUGUUUCUCCAACCAAGCACUACAUUACUGAAUCUCUGCAAUGUCUUGGCUUCGGGCAAAGAGCCAGACAGGUUCAAAGAGGUCCAGCUAAACGUCGAUUGCCAACAACCAUGGAGAAAUCUGAAGUUUCUGCAAUCAGCAGAAGUCAUUCUAAAACCCCGCCAGUAACAAAAUAACAGCAAACAACUAAACAAGCCAACAAGGACAGCCUCUGUAUAGUUGCUAAUAUGCUAGAAAUAGCAGCCAAAACUUCCUCAAAUUACACACUACCAUUUGAAAAGAAAAGAACAUUAAAUAAUAUAGUACUAGAUAUCUGGGGAACAAAUAUAUGAAUUGUAUAGGAUUCAAA